ACAGCAACAGAGAGCAACAAACCCAGUUGCCCCAAACUUGUAAUAGACCCACGGCGCAACAAAGACAGAUCCACGUCGGUGACCAGAGAAAGCCCCACACUGGCGAUGAUGCUAGAGGCAGCAUCGAUGAUAAAGACGACGGGCAACAACGUGGAUUCCGACUGGGUUUUCGGUGGCAGUACAGGCUGAAUCAGCAAGCAAAUAUGACGACUGAAUAGUCGUUAUUGAACGUCGAACAAGGACCAGAAAUCCGACGACGGCGAUGCUCGACGACGUGGUGGUGAUAGUGAUCCGAUUCUGGCGAUAGUGACCAGAGAACAGUGUCGGGUCUUGGCGGUUUGAAUGGUUUUAUUUGUUUGAUGGUAUGUUUGUGGGUGUGAUUGGUGGGGAUUUGGGUUUUGCUAGUGGUUGAUUGGUGUAGUUAGAGAUUUGAUCUGGUCGUUAAUGGAGGGAAUGAAACGGCCGAGCCGGCGAGCUUAUGGCAGACAACGGAGUCAGAGGCAGAGACAGAGGGUAGUGGCUUACGGUUUGGAGAGAGAAAUUUGAGGGGAGAAAGAGGACGAGCGGUCUAUGGGCUCGGCGAGAAUAACGGAUUAAUGGCGGUGUGAAGGCUUGGGGAAGACAGUAGAUUCCCAGCGGACAUAUACACACACGGACACAUAUAUACGCAGAGAGACACACACACACACACACAUAUUACACAUGUAUGAAGGAAAAAAUAUAAGGGUAGUUUUGUAACUCUGCAAUGGCUAAUGAGGUUAAAAAUGUCAUUUUAGCCAUUGUGAAGGGCAAAAUUGAUUUUGUACCCAUUUAUCCCUCCCAGCAUCAGUACUAACGGUUUGUUACCUAACGGUAUAAGAGUAACUUGCUACAUACAAUCAAAGAUCAGGAAUAUGUGUGGAAUAUUGAAAUUUAGAAAGGUUGCGGAGAAAAUAUAAUCAAAGGUUAAAAGGUCUAGGUGAAAUUAAUCCUAAUCUGAUUCUACUAAAAUUACUCAAACUCCUGAGAAAAGAGUAAAAGGACCAACUACAUUGUGUAAAUAAAUGCCGAUGUUUGUUGGGUUGGGGACCUUUUGCACGGGUCUCUCCAUUGUCUUUCAUAGCAUUUUUAAUUCUUUUUGAAUAAAAAUGCUAGAGUUUUGCUUCCAAAAUAUUUCUCCAUCUGUCCAUGCAUUUCCUAGAUUAGUUGCAUUUCCUAGAUCAGUUUCUAGUUUAAAAAUUGCAGCUCUAUCCAAAGAAUAUCCAAAGAAUGUUGAUUUUUGAGUGCAAACUUACCACUUUUUGUUAAAGCUUGUGGGAUUUUAUUCAACUAAAGUGGUAAGUAUUUUUAUUUUUUUAUUAAUCCUUCAUCAAGAUUAUAAUUUUUUUUUUUAAAAAAAAAAAAUUGAACUUUCGGAAAACGUAUUAAGGUAUCAUCUCUUUUUAAACGGGGAGGAUGAUUGUUCUGUUAGAGUAAUAUUGUACUUCGUAUAUUUGUUUGAACUUUAGAAAGAAAAAAAAAAGAAAAAAAAAGAAAAAAUGUCGAGUUUGUUAGUUUUGAACUUCUCAAAAAUAAAUUUAAAAGACAAGAAAAGAAAAGAUAUUACCAAAGAGUUUUGUUAUUUUCAUUGUUACCGUAGCAAGCGAGGUCUAAUAAAUUUCCACAGAAUUACCUAUUUAUUUGGAAUAUUACAAAAUUAUCUAUUUAUUAAAAUAACUUGAGACGGGGGCGAGAAGUAUCUUCACUGGUUCUGUAAGUAUUCCAGAUUUUCGUUAAAAUUCGCAUUUCUCUCUUACGUCCGGCGAAGAUAGUUUUGACUUAACGAAGGAGAAGGAGAAGGAGAUAAAGAAUCUCUAAUCUCGGUCUCUUCAAUCUCUGGAUUGUUCACAAGUGUUACUAAAUGAAGAUGGCUAUAAGUUCACCCAUGGAUAGAAUCAGUAGCCUUCCAAAUGAGGUAAUAGAAAGUAUACUAAUGUUGUUGCCGUUGCGAGAUGCUGUGAGGACGAGUAUUUUGUCAAGGAAAUGGAGGUAUAAUUGGGUCAAACUCCCACAGCUCGUCUUUGAUGAUACAUUGAUCGAAGAUUCCAUGGAAGAUGAUGAUCCAAGCGAACUUCUUAAGAUUAUAUUUCAAGUUUUAUUACUUCAUGAUGGACCAAUAGUGAAGUUCACCCUCUCUAUUUCUGAACUAAAAAGCGGUUAUGAGAUUUACCCAUUGAUACUUCUCCUGUCAAAGAAUGGCAUCAAGGAACUUACACUUGAUAUUUCUGAGCUCGGUGGCUAUAGGUUGCCUUCGUCACUCUUUUCAUGUGACCAACUAAGACAACUGUAUCUCAGUAAUUGUACAUUUGACCCCCCUCCUACAUUUAGCGGGUUUAGUAGGAUCAUAAGUCUAGAGUUUAUCUUAGUUGACUUUCCUGAUGGUGUACUUGGAAGAUUGGUUUCUAGUUGCCCACUACUUGAACGGCUGAAACUGGAAGGCCCCAUGUAUUAUGACUACCUUGAAAUCGAUGCUCCAAAUCUCAAGUUCUUCAGCUCAAAUGCCAGAUUCAAAUCUAUUGAUUUCCAAAAUGCCCCUCUGCUUGCAGUAGUUUCAAUUACUUCAGAUGAUGUUGAUGAAGAAGGAAAGGCGUCUGAAAUGAUCAAUGUUUUUGGUUGUCUACCUGUAAUUGAGACUUUGCAAUUGGGACGUCGUUUUGUGAAGUUCUUGAUUGUGGGCGGUGUACCUGAGAGGCUCCUGUUUACCUUAGACCUCCUCAAAGUUCUUCAACUAGAUGAAGUAUAUUGUGGAAAAAUUGCAGAGGUCUCCUUUGUUCUAUGCUUGAUUAAAAGCUCCCCCAACUUGCAAAAACUUGAAAUUGAGAUGUUUACCAGCGAUGAUGAUGCAGGACCUGUUUUAGAAUUUUUGGAAAUGCAACGCUACUCAGAUGUCUCUUUUAAUCAACUUCGAGAAGUGAAGAUGCAAUUCUACUCUGGCACAAGGCCUGAAUCGAAGUUUAUAAAGUUUAUAUUAGAAAAAUCCCCGAUGCUAGAGACGAUGCUUAUUGAGUCCUCAAAGAAGGUUCUUGAUAGGGAGUUUAAACGAUUUCGACAUAUCUCACCUGAAGUAGAUAUUAUCCGUAAAGAUGCAGAUAGAAAUCGUGUCAAAUAUCUGGCAAAAGGCCUGCAUUGGUCUUUGACGGGAGAGGCCUGAAUAGGAGUUUAUAAAGCUUUAUAAUGCAUAUUGAGUCCAUCUCAAAGAAGGUUGCUGAUAAUGGAGUGGUGAUACUUAGAGAGUUGACACGAUUUCAAUCUGUCUCACCUAAAGCAGAAAUUAUUGAUGCAGAUGAAAAUCGUGCUUAGCAUAUGCGUUUAUAUCCAUUUUGAUCAUUUUAAGGCCUUUAAGAGGGAUCACAUUCAAUCAUAUUAAUGGGUUUUUCUUUUCUUUAUUUUUUCCCCUUCAGGAAGCCUAAUGUGACUGUUUUUCUUAAUUAGAGGUGUAAAUAGAUAGCUGAUCAUUUUAACUAUUGAAUCCAAUGAUGUUCUUUUUAUUUUUAAAGAUUUAAAGGGCAUUGUUACAAGUUGUAUAACUAAAAGAUGGGAUUAUGUGGCUUUCACCUUUUUGAAUGUGAUGUUAUUUUUGUUUGAGGGUAUUCUUUUUUCUUGAAGUUAUAACAAGUUUGACUUGUACCUGUGUUACAAAUUCACAGAACUUAUCUUUGAGAUUGUACGUAUUCAACAACUCACAUAAACAAAUGGAGAUGGUUUGCACUGCCAAUCUUUAGGGAAGAGUAAGUCUAUAUCACAAGGACCUCUCACCAUGAGUUCGCUAUUGUUUUGAUGGUUUAGCUUUUGCUUUUCACAUUAGAGAACCUUAGUGAUUCAAGGUUUUGAUUCACACUCCAUGUUCUGAGAAACAUUUACCAUUCGGAAAGACGAAGAAAUGGAACCUUAAUGUUUCUAGAACCAGCAGUUUACUUGUGCAUCUGUUAUUUGCUGCUGCUCAUCGCCAAAACAGAAGGCUCUCGUGAGCUGUCAAUCACUCCUCCAAGAUUUCAGCCCACAUCUGUUCCUUGACUUCUCAUUUUCUUUUUGGAAAACAGGUAACCAGACUUUUUUUUUGAAAGUUAACCAGACUUGUUAAAGCCGGAACAGGAAAGACCACAUUAGCAAAUAGCAAUUGGUGAUGGGGCCAGGAAUGCUACAAGAAGCUGAAAUUGAUAUCGGAAUCAGUGGUGUUGAAGGAAUGCAGGCAGUCAUGUCCAGCGAUACUGCAAUUGCUCAGUUCCGAUUUUUGGGGCGCGCGCUUCUGGUGAAUGGACACUGGUGAUACAGAAGGAUCUCAAAAAAAUGCUAGUGACUUUUGUAUACUUAAAUUUAAAUAUAUUUGAGAUAUGCUACUUCUUCGGUAAGAAUGUCACGAUCGGUUUCAUGGUUUUGUUAUAUGAGGCAAAUGAAUCACUCUCUGGGAAGCCUGCGUACAAUGAUUGGUUUCUGCCCCUCUAUACGUCUUUCUCUCAUCAUUCUUGUGAUUUCUCUGGGUGUUUUUGACCAGGAUUUAUCAGCACAGUUUUGUCUCAAGGUAUACCUUUUAUCUAAUACGGAGUAUAAGAUAUGGGUUCAAAUCCUAGCUGCAGCUGUUUAUGAUGUUUAUUAGUGGUAGCAUCGCUAUAUUGUUGUGUUAUAAAGGAACAUGGAAAAAAAUAAUUACACAUAAUUAAAUGUGAGAACCAUUAUUUUGGCUUCAGCUGAACAUGAAUUCUGAAAAAUCGUAAAUUGAGCAAAAUCAUGAAAAACAAUUUGGUGGCACAGUUUCAAGAAUUGUAACAAGCCUUUGUUGGGUUCAAUUGAAUUCUAAACCUGCUUUUCUGUGACUUAAGCUUUGAUUUUAACUGACAAAUAACUAUUAAAAUUGCUUUUCUUUCACCAUUUUAAUUUCAAUGAAGAAACUAAUAGGCAUGCUUUGGGUUUCUGUGCUAAAUGCUUAUUCUGAUUUUUUUUAUAGCUAAAUUGGGUAGGUUGUAUUGAAUAAAAGCGAACUUUACAAACAAGUGUCUCCAUGGAGUCAAACAAGGCCGAUAAGGCAUGCAUCAGCAGAGAAACUAAAACUACAGAUGACCAACAUUAGUUGGUCAGAAAGUAACACAUUGAUUGGCAAAGCUAGCAACUGAAAAGUUUCAAGAGUCCGUGAGACAUCUUUGACCAUACUUAUCAAAAAAAGAAAAA